AUGGCCAGGCCAUUGCAUAACCUGGUCAAGAAAGACAUGCCCUGGGAUUGGGGUAACAAAGAACAGGAAGCCUUCCAAGGACUAAAGGACGCAAUCACCAACGCACCGGUUCUCUGUCACGCAGAUCCAACAAAACCCUACUUCUUAGAAACAGAUGCAUUGGGCGCAGCCUUAGGUUCCAUACUCAGCCAACGUCAGGAAGACGGCCGCCUCCAUCCGCUAGGUUUUCUAUCUGAGUCAUUCAAGGGUGCCAAGCAGAACUACAACACCCAUGAUAAGGAACUUUUGGCUAUCAUUUGCUCCUUCAAGUACUGGCGUAUCUUCUUGGAAGGAACCAUUCACCCUGUCACCGUGUUCACCAAUCACCGCAACCUGGAGUACUGGAAGGAGUCCCAAAUGUUCAACCGUUGCCACGCUAGAUGGCACUUGCUGUUAGCAGGUUAUAACUUCCUGUUGUAG